UACAUCAGAGCUUUUGCCGGUGCGGUGUUACAAAUAUUACUUCCGUGUAAACUGCGCUCACGAAGCUCAUCUGAUAGUCUCUUUGCAAAGCUUCUCCAAAGCAACGCAGUCAAGAUGUCAUCUUACGAAGAAGGAAAUGAUUCAAAGUUAAUGCGGAAAGUGAAGGAGAAUCCCUUUGUUCCAUUGGGAUUGGCUGGAUUUGUUGGCAUCGUUGGACACCAGCUGUACAAAAUGAAAAAUCGAGGGGACACAAAAAUGUCCGUGCACUUGAUUCACAUGCGUGUAGCUGCGCAAGGCUUUGUGGUUGGAGCCAUGACAGUAGGAGUCCUGUAUUCAAUGUACAACGAGUACAUUAGGCACCCCAAAGAAGAGCAGAACACUGGAAAACACAAUUGAACAGAGACUCUUACAAUGAGUUUUUUUGUGUCUUUAAUACUCUCACAUUUAUAGAUGUACAUUCAGAGGCUGACUGAUGACUAAAAACCAACUGAUGGUGUACCCUUUUACAGAAAAUGUUUGAAAUUGCAAAUGUAACGGGUGGAUGCUUGUGAGAAUUAUGGCAACACUGAUGUAUUUUUUUCUAAUGUUUCAGUGUAGUAUAUAAAACAAUAUUAGUUACAGAUAAAUUUGACAAAAUUUAUGACCAGGGUAAAUCUGACUCUAGUAAUGACCACAAACAAAAGUUUCUGGCUUUCAUAUUUAUUUAUCAUUGUCCUAUUGAAAGUCAGCUACACUUUUAUGUUGUAAUUUGGGUUUUAGCCAAAUUAAAAACAUUUCCAUAUUAAAUGCUUUUAAUUUGUUUUUGUUUUUUUUUCUGUAAAAUAUUCACCUCUCCUGACAAAAGCUGUUACAGAUGUUUGCACACUGUCACAAGAAAAAAAAAAUUCAUGUUUUUUGUUAUAAGUACUUCUACUAAAAUGCUGAUUUUUAUUCAUUGAGAUUCUCUGCAUUGUACUGCUAAAUUUUUUUAAUUUAUUAGUAUUUUCUUCAUAUAUUUUUGCAAUGAGAUAUGAAUGAUACAAAAAAAUCAAGUGAGUUUUAUAUAAAUAAACUGUGGUGUAGUUUGUUAAACACAAUGUAGCCUGUUUUAGUGGCAAACAUUAAUUAGUUCCUAAGGUAUUUCCAGGGCUGAUUUUUAUUGUAUGUGUAGGGCAUAAGAGUCUAAUGAACAGCGAGAUUUUCAUCUCACGCGGACAGGGUUACAUAUGCAAGUAUGUACCAGGCUAUUUGUGAAAGUCACCUUCAUUUCCUGAAAUAGUUUUGAAUCUCUGCUGUGUGUACACUUAUAUUACGUGCUUUACCUGGAACGGUUCUUAGUUUAAUAUUUUAUAUGAUAAUAUCCACAGCAAGUUGUUCAACUCACUUUUGGUAGCUACCGAAUUGAGCUACCACUGUUUUCAAAAUGGCUUCCUUUCUUCAUUAAAUAAUCUACUUCCUGUAACUUAAAAAAA